AUGACCACCCCCAUGAGCUCAAACUCCACAUGUCAUUUCCUCCCUGCAGCUCUAACAGCAGUGAUCCAAACACAGCAGACUGUGCUGGCAGCAGUGGGAGAAGAUGCUGAAUUCAGCUGUCAGCUCUUGGAGACUAAAGACGUCCUUCAGGUCACAUGGCAGAAAAUCUCACCUGAUGGGAAGAAGGUGAAUGUUGCCACCUACAGCAACUACUAUGGUCAGAGAGUGAAUGAUGGAUUUACAGAUAAAUUCCACUUUAAAUAUACUGGACUACAGAACUGCUCCAUAGUCAUCAGGAAUGUGAUGGAGCAGGAUGAAGGCUGCUAUCACUGUCUGUUUAAUACUUAUCCUGAAGGCUCCUUCACUGGUAAACCCUGUCUCCAAGUCUAUGAGCUGCAUGAACCUGUUCUUGAUGUCAGAGAGUCAAACUCUACUGCAGAGUGGGUUGUUUCCUGUUCAGCCACUGGUCGACCUGCUCCCACUGUGACACUCAGUGUCUCACAACAACACCUCAACUUCUCCCAGUACAACACUGUCAGUGUGUCCAACACCAAUGCUACAUUCACUGUCACCACUACAGCUGUGCUCUCAGGUUCAAAGAGAAACAGCACACAGGUGGGAUGUGCAGCACGAGUGCUCUCUGCUCCUCAGAUAGAGGUCAUUCAGGUCAUUCCUGAGGUCAAACAACCAGAUGCUGCAGAUGAUGAUGAUGAUGAUGAUGAUCCUAAUGAUGAUUCCACCUGGAUCAUUGCAGCUGCAGUAGUGACACUGAUGCUAUUUGUAUGUGUUGUUGCUGCUCUCAUAACUGUCCUGCUUAAAGAAAGAAACAAGAAGAGGUAA